AUGCUGGCCUUGGUGCUCUGCGGAGUGUCCCUCGCGCUUCCACCCUUUGUCCGAGCAGAUGCAUGCAAGGAUGUUAGUAUGCAAAACGAGGCACCUUCAGCAGGCCAGCCUUUUGCUUUUAACUGUACGCACCCACCACUAACAUCUGGGAAAGUACGUGUAACAUGGUAUAAAUAUCCUAACAAAAUCCCAGUAUCCAAAAACACACAGUCUAGAAUUCACCAGGAGCAAAACUGGAUUUUGUUUCUGCCCCUGACACAGGAGGACUCUGGGAUCUACCAAUGUGUUAUAAACAGCACAAACACCUGUCACAGAAUCCACGUAAACCUCACUGUGUUAAGAAAAUACUGGUGUGGUGUUUCUGGAAAUGGCCAGCUGAUUUUAUCAGAUGAAUACAGACAAAUAUUACGUGCUGGAAGGGAUGACAGCCUUACCUGUCAUCUGAACUUCCCACAGAGUUGUGUUUUGGAUUCACUAAAGUGGUAUAAGGGCUGUGAAGAGAUUAAAGGAGAACGGUUUAUUUCCUGGGAAACAAAGCUGUCAGUGAGCAAUGUUUCAGCAGAGGACAGAGGGAGCUACGCGUGUCAAGCCCGACUGACACACACAGGGAAACAGUACACCGUUUUAAACAGCAUCACUGUGAAUAUUGCAGAAACAAAUGGAUAUGCAGGAAGAAUUCCUAAAAUCAUUUAUCCAAAAAACAAUUCAAUUGAAGUACAACUUGGCUCUCCCCUUACUGUGGACUGCAAUAUCACAGACACAAGGGAUAAUACAAAUCUCCGCUGCUGGAGAGUCAAUAACACCUUGGUGGAUGAUUACUACAGUGAAUCCAAACGCAUCAGAGAAGGAUCCGAAUCCCACAUUUCUUUCCAGAAACAUAUUUUUUACACAGUGAACAUAACUUUCUUGGAAGUGAAAAUGGAAGAUUAUGGUCAUCCUUUCAUUUGUCACGCCGGAGUGUCAGCAGCAUAUUUUAUUUUAAAACUCCCAGCUCCAAAUGUUCAAGCUUACUUGAUAGGAGGGCUUCUCGCCUUGGUAGGUGCAACAGCGUCUGUCAUGUACCUCUACAACAUUUUUAAGAUCGACAUUGUACUCUGGUAUCGAAGUGCCUUCCAUUCUACCGGGACCAAAGAAGAUGGCAAGCUGUAUGAUGCCUAUGUCUUAUACCCCAAGCCUCAGAGAGAAAUCCAGAGCCAUGAGGUGGACACGCUGGUAUUGAAGAUUCUGCCUGAGGUGCUGGAGAGGCAGUGUGGAUACAAAUUAUUUAUAUUUGGCAGGGAUGAAUUUCCUGGACAAGCAGUGGCCAAUGUCAUUGACGAAAACAUCAAGCUAUGCAGGAGACUGAUCAUCAUCUUAGUUCCUGAAUCCCUGAGCUUUGACUUGUUAAAGAACAUGUCGGAAGAACAAAUUGCAGUCUACAAUGCGCUCAUCCAGGAUGGGAUGAAGGUCAUCCUGAUUGAACUGGAGAAAGUCAAGGACUAUGCGGCCACGCCGGAGUCAAUUCAGUACAUCAAGCAGAAGCAUGGGGCCAUCCAGUGGAGUGGGGAUUUCACAGAGCAGUCACAGUGUGCAAAGUCCAAGUUCUGGAAACAAGUGAGGUAUCACAUGCCACCCAAAAGGCCUCCACCAUCUUCUUCUGCCCAGCUGCCGAAGCACACGUCCUGACACCUCCCGGCUGGCUAGGGAGGGGCCAGUGUGGGGUUGGUCACCCGUGAUGGCAUUGUCCGCAUGGGGUGGCUCAUGGUUGGACAAGGAUGCAUGGCAUUUGGGCAGUCGGCUUGAAGCUUGCCCUUGUGUACUCGUUGCUACAGGUCCUCUGUUUGCUGCUUGUUUUGAUCAGAGCUCCUUCUCUAGGGAAAGCUGUCACCCUUCCAGAAGGCCCUCAUUCACUUAUGGGCUCUGAUGAACACUCCCUGAACACAGAGCAGGUGUAGCAUGUGAGCCCCUGGGGAAUGGGACACAGAGGAUUGUAGAGCGGCAGUUGAGUUGUCAAGAAGUUUGGUGCAUGGUGUGGCACCCGUGGGGCCAGAGAUGGAAGUCAGAGGAUGGCAGGAGGCAACCUGUGGGCUUGGGGAGGGCUGGCAAGGAGAACCACACUUUUAUCGUGACCACAAUCUUAGCACACUCAUACUGGAAGCCACUGAGUGGUCACACAGACCAUUGGAGACCAAGUGUGGCCCCGCUGAGAUUGCCCAUUAACCACCAUCCUGUUGGGCCCCAGCCUUGAAAGACUUGAUUUGUCAAAUCAAAAUAAGUAACAAUUCACCUGGUUUUCCAACUGGCCAAGAAGGCUGGGAUUCUGAGCAACAUGUGAGAGAAACAGCACACCAAGAUGAUGUGAUUCUAGUCCAUGUAAAACAAAGUAAUCUUUCGGUUAGCCAGCGUCCCCUUGUCACAAGUCCAUUUAUGAUUUAACAAGGGGCAAGGACUUUUGAUGCUCAAAAUUAGCUGUAAACUCCUCACUACUUGCAAAGACCCCCACCUGAGGAGCUUGGAUAGAGUCCAAGUCUCUCGUUCUGUGGCUGAUGACAUCAAGCCCUAACAAGUGGCCUGCUGGGGUCAGAAUGUUUGUGGGCCCCAAAUUCACAUGUUGCAGUCCUAACACCCAGUGUCAUGGUAUUGGGAGGUGGGGCCUUCCAGAGGUGAACAGGUCGGAAGGGUGGAGACCUCCUGAAUAGGAUUAGUAUUCUCGUAGAAGAUACCCCAAGAAGUCCCUUGCCGCUUCGGCCAUGUGAGGACACAGCAAGAAGUCUGUGAUCUGAAAAAAGGUCCUCACCUGACCACGAAGGCACCUGUUCUCAGACUUCUUGUCUCCACAGCUGUGAGAAAUAAAUUUCUG